CAUAUUUCCUAUGGCUUUUGGGAUGACAACACUGCACUCAAUGGGAUUCGCCUUCACUGCAUCGAUCCAUCCAAAGGCUUAUCAAGGUCUUAUGAGAACUACGCCUCAGUUCAGUCAGAUGUAGGAAGCUGGGGUCAGUGGAAAAAAAUCCAAUGGUGUCCUUUUGGAUUCUUGACUGCUUUUCAGCUGAGAGUUGAAUCUCCCCAAGGGAUCGAAGACGACUCGGCCGCAAAUAACAUCAGAUUCAGAUGCAGUGGUGGGUCUUUGCUGCAGGGUGACGGCACAUUCCGGGGAAAUUGGGGCGAGUGGACCUCAACAUGUGAGGGAAGAGGGAUAUGUGGUAUCAAGACGCGGAUAGAAGAGCCGCAGGGAUAUAGUGACGACACCGCUCUCAAUGACGUGCGCAUGUACUGCUGCGAUUAAGGUACAAGAGGACAACAACGAGAACAGCAAGAAGAUCUGAUUGAUUAUAAUAUUUGAUCAAAUAUUGUGAUGAGAUUACAAUGAACAACUGAAUGUAUGUCACGGUUCAUAUCACACAAUAAAGCCUAACAGGACAAUCAA